UGAUGGUCAUAGGUGUGCCAUCAGGACCUCCGCUAACCAGAUGCGUGUGUGUGUGCGUGCACACGAGAACAAGCGGAAGUGAACAGGAAGAGAGGGAGGGGAGGUCAGUGGAGGUGGAGCCUGUGUGCGUGUAAGUGUGCGUGUGCGUGCGUGUGUGUGUGAGCGAGAGUGAGCGAGAGAGAGAGACAGUAGAUGUGCUUGUUGCCGCGGUAGCAGAGCCACAAGCACACCGAGAACGUACAAGAAGAGCGGAGCAUCUUUAUCUGUCCUUCAUCCCUCCUCUUUUCAUCCUGGAAACUUUUUCCCACCUCUUCCUCUUCUUCAUCCUCCUCCUCCAUCAUCUUCUUCGUCUUCUUCCUGGUGGAGUGCAGCAGCAGCAGAGGACAAGCAAAGAUGGACGCCAAGUGGCCGCCGCUGGUCAAGUGAGAGUGAGGAGGAGCAGCAGUAGGAAGUGAGGAAGAGCGGGGAAGAGGGCGGCGACGGCAAAGAAACACUUAGAGAAGAAGAUUGUGUCGAGCUUGCAACUUCACCAGCAUCAUCACAAUUUAAUAAGACCGCAGCGCUGACACACACACACACACACAUAUUCUUCUUCACCACGUGUGUCGUCUUGCAGGUCAUCUUCACUUCCUGUCGGCCAUUUUUCCAUGGCGUGACACCUAGCAGAACUCUAACCCCUCCCUCCGCCCCUCCCCCCAUCAACAUGGUGACUCCCGCCCACACCAAAAAAUAGGGGCAGGCGACAUCGCCACCUCCAUCGUCCCGCCGCCGUCCCCCCCCUCUCCCCGAGGACAAAGCUGUGCAGGUUUGAGGCACUGAUGCAAGAUGGCGGCCGGCGUGGCAACAUGGCUGCCCUUUGCACGGGCGGCGGCGGUUGGCUGGCUGCCGCUGGCCAAGAAGACGAUGCCCAAACCCCCUGUAGACAACUCGUCUAGGUCUGACGAGAUCUUGUAUGUCAACGUCAGCGGGGUCAGGUUUCAGACAUGGAAGAACACGCUGGACCGCUAUCCUGACACGUUGCUGGGCUCCUCAGAGAAAGAGUUCUUCUAUAACGAGGACACUCAGGAGUACUUCUUUGAUCGAGACCCAGAAAUGUUUCGCCAUAUCCUCAACUUCUACCGCACGGGCAAGCUGCACUACCCACGACAUGAGUGCAUCCAGGCCUUUGACGAGGAGUUGGCCUUCUAUGGCAUUGUGCCCGAAAUCAUCGGCGACUGCUGCAUGGAGGAAUAUCGAGACCGGAAAAAGGAGAACCAGGAGCGUCUGGCCGAGGACACGGAGGCAAACGAAGCCAUGGAUGCGCCCCUGCCCCCCCACAGCACCCCCAGAGAGCGGUUGUGGCGAGCCUUCGAGAACCCGCACACGUCCACCAUGGCGCUGGUCUUCUACUAUGUGACAGGCUUCUUCAUCGCGGUGUCAGUCAUCGCAAACGUGGUAGAAACGGUUCCCUGCCGCCCUCCCAAGGGGAGUGUCAAGGACCUGCCCUGCGGCGAGAAGUACCAGCUGGCCUUCUUCUGCAUGGACACAGCGUGCGUGCUCAUCUUCACCUUCGAGUACUUGAUGCGUCUGUUCGCGGCGCCUAGUCGCUGCAAGUUCAUGCGCUCAGUUAUGUCGGUCAUCGAUGUGGUGGCCAUCAUGCCCUACUACAUUGGCCUGGUCAUGCCCGAAAACGAGGACGUGAGUGGCGCCUUCGUCACACUGCGGGUGUUCCGCGUCUUCCGGAUCUUCAAGUUCUCACGUCACUCACAGGGCUUGAGGAUUUUGGGCUACACGCUGAAGAGCUGUGCCUCGGAGCUGGGCUUCCUGCUCUUCUCACUCACCAUGGCCAUCAUCAUCUUCGCCACAGUCAUGUUCUACGCCGAGAAAGGAACUACGGGCUCCACCUUCACCUCCAUCCCGGCCUCCUUCUGGUACACCAUCGUCACCAUGACCACGCUGGGGUACGGCGAUAUGGUCCCCAACACCAUCGCCGGGAAGAUUUUCGGCUCCAUCUGCUCACUGAGCGGCGUGCUGGUCAUCGCCCUCCCCGUGCCCGUCAUCGUGUCCAACUUCAGCCGCAUCUACCACCAGAACCAACGAGCCGACAAGAUGCGAGCGCAGCAGAAAGUUCGUUUGGCUCGGAUCCGCAUGGCCAAGAAAGGAACAACAAACGCUUUCCUGCAGUACAAAGAAGACAGAGCCCUAGGGGACCGCGACAGUGACAGCGGUGCUCUGUGUGUGAAGAACAAAUCGGCAUUUGAGCAUCAACAUCAUCACCUGCUUCACUGUUUGGAGAAGACCACGAAUCAUGAGUUCACAGACGAGCUGAACUACAGCGAGUUGUGCAUCACCGAGUCAGUUGGCUUCCGAACCAGCCGCAGCACCUCCCUGUCCAGCCAGCAGGGGGCGCCAAACCACUCCACGAGCUGCUGCCCUCGCCGCGUCCGGAGGCGGGCAGCCAUGCGACUGGCCAACUCUACUGUGUCCGUGAGCCGGGGGAGUGUGCAGGAGCUGGACACGUUGCACACCAAGAGCAUGCACCUUCCACCGCAGACACGUUCCAGUCUCAACGCACAGGUGGACCUCAAACUGAACUGCGGCGAGCAAGACUUCAGCGCUGCCAUCAUCAGCAUCCCCACGCCACCCGCGAACACGCCCGACGACAGCCUCCCUCCUUCGCCCGCCGUCAUCCCGGCAGGCAUCCUGCGCACGACGCGUGCCACCGCCUACACCUCCGACACCAUCAAGAUCUCCUCAUUGUAACCUCUGCCAGGGCCUUAAUCCAACCCACAUCCCCAACUCGCCUGACGCCUUUGCCACUGUCCUCGCCGCCAUCUUGAAGGCGAAGACGUGCUGUGACUGGCUGAGGAUUGCGGUUUGAAGACUGGUGACAAAAACUGAUGCACAAAAACACCCACGCCACCUUGUCAUGACCUAUGAACCACACCACCACAAGGUUCUUUAAUUGCAUCCACUUCCUGCAGGAAUUCAAGAUGGCUACUUGGCGAAACACCGUUCUUGCAUGGUCGGAGGAAGAUAUUUAUGUUUGGACAGGUGUGGACAUCCAAAUAUGCAACUCAAAGGAAGUAGUCAUUAAUAAUCGAUAAUAAGAUCAAUUAAUUGUGUGUUUGAAGCAUCCAUCCAUCCAUCUUCUAUGCCACUUAUCCUCACUAGGGUGACGGAGGUAUGCUGAAGCCUAUCCCAGCUGGUACACCCUGGACUGGUCUCCAGUCAAUCACAUAUAGACAAACAACCAUUGACACUCACAUUCAUACCUAUGGACAAUUUAGAGUCAAUUAACCUAACAUGCAUGUUUUUGGAAUGUGGGAGGAAGCCGGAGUAUCCGGGAACAUGCAAACUCCCCACAGAGAUGCCCACUGGAGAUUUGAACCCAGAUCUUCCAAAUCUCCUGACUGUGUGCACAACAUGCUAACCACUAGGCACCAUGCGGCCCGUGUGUGAAGCAGAUGUACACAAAUAGUCAACAAAUACAAUAUAGCUAAAAGUUCAAAGGUCUUUCUUCCGUAGCAUUAGCUGCAAACCAGGUUGCACUUGCAACCACCUGAAAACCAUGAAGAAAGAAAACCAGGAAGAAAGAUAUGAAGAAAGAAACCAGGGAAACCAUAAAGAAAGACAAGUGCUCGCUGCCUCUUAAGUCGCAUGCUAGCGACAUCACGUUAUCUGUCUGCAAUGGAAGAAAGCUGACCAGCUGCUAGCUUAAACAUUAGCGCACCAAUGCUUCCUUGACCAAUUAGGAGCAAGUGCGCAUUGUAAAAUAAUUUGUAUCAUAAACUCCCCCCGCAUUUGCCAAUCGACCCCUCCCUCCCAAAA